AUGGCGGAUCGCGCGCCGCUCGGCGGGACGGCAGCCAGCAGCGGAGCCGCAGCCGGAGCCGGAGUCCCAUCGAGCAGGCCGAGGCUUCCGCUCUCGGCGAGGACGGUCGCCGCAGAGCUGCCGCACAGCCCGGCGACAGGCAGGACGGUCACCGCCGUGGGCGGGGCCGAUCGCGGCAGCGGUAGCAACAGCAGCGACAGUGACGGCCGCCCCGAUCGUUCUAGUAGCCACAAGGGCUCCCGUAGCGAGAGCUCACGUAGCCGCAAGCACAAACGUUCUCGCCAACGCAGCCCUUCGCCUUCGCCUAGCGACAGUAGCAGCGGCAGUGGUAGCAGCAGCAGCGACAGUGACAGGGACAGUGAUCCUGACCCAUCCCGCCCGGCCCCCCGCGACCGCCGUCCCCGCCCUCGUUCCAUUUCCCCUGACUACGCCCACCGCCCACGCAAGCAGUCUCGACGCCGUAGCCACACCCUGGCUCCGAGCGGCUACGGGGGCGCGGUUCCGUCCUACGAGGAAUGGCCGGCAGUCAGAGACCCACGCGCUCUGAGGUGGGCCGACUCUGGUCGAGGAGACCAGCCGUGUCCAGUGUACGGCGGCCCUUCUUCCGGCCCCCUUACCAUCGCCAACUCCGCUGUCAUGCUGCAAGACAAGGUUAUGAGUGUGCUUCGCAACGUCGAGUCGGGUAAGAUGCGGUUGGAACCAGACGUGUACGUUGACGGGCGUUUCGUUACUGUCGCCGAUGAAUUCACCCCUCGUCGCGUAGAGCUUAUCUCCGAUCUAGUUCAGGAAUACUCGCCAGUUAGCCAACAAAUCGCCAAAACUGACCAUGUCCACGUGUACCUCAUUAAUGGCGAAGUCAUCACCAAGCCUCACCGCGAGGUCACAGCCACCGAUUGGUUGCGUCUGGACGUAAGAGAACACGCGUUGACUGGAGUUGCGGCAGAGCUAGCUUGUUCGGCUUUCUCGGCGUUGACGUUGACCCCGGAGGACGGGUGGUCUGCAGCGGCCGCCCGUAUACUAUCAGUAUUCCGUGCGACGCGCGCCGAUCCCGAACGACCGUACAUGACCGAACAGGCUUUGUUUUGGCGUUUCGCGACCCCGGUAGCGCUAAUCGAGCUUUAUGACCGGGUUGUCGAGGUCUUGCUGCCUACCCCGUUCGACCGAAACGGAGUAUCUGCGAAACUGCAUGGGAUAGCAUACGAGACAACUUCCUCUCUCGGUCCUUUGCGUAUGGAGUGGCACGACCUCUUGGAAGAAGCGAUGGCACGACGGGGUGUGACAGCGGAAAAGUUCUUUCGCAAGUUCGUCGGCGUGCUAUCGGCGCGAAAUGCGUCGUACAUCACGCCGCCGGCGCCGCGUAAACAUGCAAAGGUCGCGGCGUAUCAGAACCAGACCGCCACGGCUCCCGGGGGGCAUGGAGUGCCGUUCGAAGCCCGUUCGUCCACGCACCGCCCGGCCCCCUCUGCACCGGCCGCGGGUGCCGCACCAGCCCCUGCUCUGACCACCUCCACGCCGAACGACACCCGACCGCCACCGUCUGCGUCUCGGAUCGAGAUCAUCGACUACUUGCGCUCGCACGACGUGUGCUACCACCAUGCCUUCUUGGGCACCUGCCGGCGCUCCCCGUGCAGGUGGAACAAAGAGCUGGUCCCACCGGCCCUGUACAAGGAGGUCUCAUCGCGGCAAGGGGCUGGCCGAGGCAAGCAUCUCGUGGCAUCGCUAUCACCAGGCCAGUACAGCUUGAUGUGCGAGUUCGGGAUCUUGUCGGAGGGGAGCGACGACGAGCAGGCCGACGACGGCGCCGCUCCAGCAGUAGACCAGUUGUGGGUAGCAGGGCAGAUUUGGCAUCGGCAUCGGCGCCGUAGACCGCGUAAGGUUGAGAUUCUGUUAGACGCCGGUACAGGAGGCGGCAGCUACAUAUCUCUUUCCUUGUGGCGUGGGCUCAAGCGACUCAUUCGACGACGUCUUGACGAGAGUAGGGCAGGGGCCCUCGAAGCUGCUAACCCUCGCGACAUAGAUACCCCUCCGAUGCGUAUUCUAGGAUCCGUAGCACUGCCGGUGUUGUUUGACAGCGAUGCGCGAGUAAGAGACGUAGAGGUACACGUGGUAGACGGGUUGCCAUACGGGUUCAUUGUGGGAGCAGACUUCUUUAGGCGGAAUGCUAGCGUGCUCGAUUUCAGCUCCAGCAGAGGCUUUAGGCCUGUACCAGCACCACCCUGGGUGCCUCUUCUGUCGAUUGCACCAUACGCCUCCAAUGCUGCAAGCCCCCUCCGAAACGCUCGGGACCAGUUUAGUAUACUAACGGCUCCCCUCGAGAACGCCCCCGAAGUGCCCGCCGUUCCCACAGAUGUACCCAGCUACGAGGACGUGGUGUGGGAGGACGACACCUCCUUCGAGUGGGACGUGCGACAAGUUCCGGAGACCGCCGUCGUCGAGGGUUUCACCACUCGCGCGGUGGAAGCUACGGCUGUGGGGCCACAACCGCAGGACAGGCAGCUAGUGAUGGUCUUGCCGACCGAGCGGCUUGAUUUAGAGCAGGGAGCUGUAGUGGGAGUAGCUCGUGCGGACGCCAACCUGGGGACGCUGGGGUCGCUCAAGCAGCAGCAACUCGGCAACGUCCUCGCAGCGUUCAUCGAGGACGGCCUGUUUCCGAUCGACCCGAAGCGAGUGCCGGCUUGCAUCAACGGUGAGCUUGAGCUUCUUCUGAUCAACGAGUUUUGCACACCUUUCGCAGCCAAGCAACGGCUUUUCUCUCCGGAAGAACGACGCAUCAUCAGGGCAGAGAAUCAGCAGUUGGAAGACCGAGGAGUGAUCCGUCAAUCCAUGUCUCCGUGGGCUGCCCAGUGCUUGUGCGUUAAGAAGAAGGAUGAUACGCUGCGACUGUGCAUCGACUGGCGCGAACUCAACAAACUCUUGGUCUCGGAUAGUGGGGGUUUUGGUGACAUGCAGACGAUAUUCGACGGGUUGAAGGGCAAGAAAUGGAAACCGCCGAGAAAGACCGUUACAAGACGACCUUUCGAGAUGCGGAUGGAAUGCUUUGGGAAUUUACUCGCGCGGGUUUCGGCCUUGGAGCAUCUAUCGGGCGUGUUUAGUUGGCUUGAUGACAUUCUCAUCGCUAGCGACACAUGGGAAGAACAUCUCGUCACUCUGACGCUCGUUCUGAACCGCCUUCUGGCUGCGGGGCGGUCCGUGAACUUCGCGAAAUGCAUUUUUGGCGCAGCGUCGCAGGAGUUCCUCGGCAUGAUCAUUGAAAGCACGGACCUGUACCCUGCUCCGUCUAAGCUAGAUACAAUCGCACGCAUGCCUCGCCCACUCACCGUAAAAGAGCUGCGCACAUUUUUGGGUCUCUCCGGCUACUUGCCUGAGGAAGUUGCCUUCCAGUCUUUACGAGAAACGUUGGCUUCCCCGAAGGUUCUCGCUUACCCUGACCUUGAGCGUCCGUUCGAACUACACACGGAUGCUAGCACGCUACGUGUAGGAGCUUCGCUCAUGCAGACAAUCGACGGUGUCACCAGAGCGGUGGCGUUCGCAAGCCACCGGUUUUCACAAACCGACGCUAGACGGGGGCCCACGGAACGGGAAUGCAUGGGGGCCCUGUGGGCGGUAGACCACUUCCGGCCGUGGGCGCUGCGGCUGAUGGAGUACGACAUGGAGCUGGAAUGGAAGGCGGGGGUAGAGAACGUAGUGCCCGAUGCUUUGUCCCGGUUGCCCGUUGCGAACCCGGUAGAGGUCGACGUGGACGAUUCGAUUCCGGAUGAUCUGUUGUCCCCUGCUGCAGGCGCUUCGGUAGAGAUCUUAGGACCGGAGUUGGAUGGUCGCCGGACCCGCAUCCCUUCGGUGCGAUUACGACCGAUCGACGACGCGCAGCUGCCUCCGACAAGCGUACUGGAGGCCAUCCCGGACAGAGAGGCCAUCGGCCCUACCACGGUGGAAUCCUCCGCUCCGGCGCCGGCGCCAUCGACACUACCGCCGUCUCCCGUUCGACCUGGCCACGACGACAUCGGUGAGGUGCUGGCCGCACGGGGGGAGUUUCCGACGUCUUCGUCGAGCCAGGCGAUUGGUGGAGCAUCAGCCAUCGAUCUGACGGCACGGGUACUCACAAGGCCGUCUGAGCUAGCGCAUCGGCAACGAGACGACACCCAUCUGGGUCAGGUUCGCAAGGUUUUGAGCAAUGGAGCUGACUCUAGCCGAGGGGGAAGUGGGUGCGACAGACGCAAGAGACCGCUCAGCAGACGAGUAGCCAUGGUGGCAGGUAGACCGCUAGAGCCGUGGGACGAGUUGCAAAUGGACAUCCUCAAGAUCGACACACCAUCGCAAACUGGCAACAACUACAUAUUGCUCGUGGUAGACCGCGCCUCAAAGUUCCCCAUCGGGUUCCCGCUCGAAACCAAACAAGCUGUAGGCGUAGCCCGAGUGGUGGUAGAGCUGUGUCUAACUUACGGAGUUCCAAAGACGGUGCGCUGCGACGGAGGCCCAGAGUUUGGCGCAGAGGUGGUGAAGCACUUGUGCAGAUGGUUGAGGGCAAACAUCGUGUUUGGUGCUGCUGAUCACCCUCGAGGCCAAGGAUCGGUAGAGAGACUGGGGGGAUGGCUACAGGAGAUGUUGGCUAAGCUGUGUAGGUCCUGGUCUGACCGAUGGGAUGUGUUUGUUUCGCCUGCGAUGUGGAUCAAACGCACCUUACCAGACACCUCGCUCCCAUCUAAUAUGACCCCCUUCGAGUUCCUGAACGGGGACUCGACAGCUUCGUGGAGAGGCGCAAGCAAAAUCUCCGUGAAGUAUGACUCGCCCUCGAGAAACGGCAUGAAUGAGCUUCGAGUGGCUGCACGCGCGAAAGCCAACGCCUCCAUCGAGAGGUCGUCAGCUGGAGUGGGCGACGUGAAGGACAGCCUGGUGCUCGUGGGCGAGUCCGAGAGUAGUCGACAUCGUGACCACAGGGGAAGAGAGCUGCAACACGAUCUCUACACAGGACCGUGGAAAGUGACGGGGGUGGUCCAGCCUGGUCUCAGUGUAGAAGUCAUGAUGCAUGGUAGAAAGAAGCGCAGCCGAAGGGUAUCUACGGCCGAUGUGAAUCCUUUCCACCUCCGAUAACUUCCUUUCCGACACUCGCUAG